AUGGAGCCCGGCGCGGCGGGGGCCGGCGGCGGGAGCGGGAGCGGGGCGCUCUUCCUGCCGCUGAGCGACAGCGAGCGGCGGCGCUACUCGGAGCUCUUGGCGCGGUGCUGCCCGCCCGGCGCCGCGGCGGCGGCGCCCCCCGAGGCGGCCGCCGGGGGCAGCAGCGUGGGCGAGCUGUUCCGGGCCUCGCAGCUGCCCCCGGACACGCUGCACCAGAUUACAGAAGUUUGUGGAGCCAAACGUGUGGGUUAUUUUGGUCCUGCUCAAUUUUACAUUGCUUUGAAGUUAAUUGCAGCAGCACAGUCAGGGUUUCCAGUACGAAUUGAGAGCAUUAAGAAUGAAUUGCCUCUGCCGCGGUUUAUGGUGCUGAAAAAUGACAGUGAAAUACGUUAUGGGAAUCCAGCAGAACUCCACGGAGUUAAAUUUCAGGUUCCACAUGCAACUUUGGAAAAAAAUUCCUACAAAAGAACAGAUGAAGGGGACAAACAGCAGGAACCCAAGUCUCCUCCGAUGUCACCGAUCUGUUCACCUCCUGCUUCUCCAUCUAGUUACCAGAGAACACCCUUAAGUUAUGGAUAUGGUAAAUCAAGAAAUGGACUGGAGCAGCAGCAUAGAGCACCUUAUGAAGUCAGACAUUCUACUCACCAGCAAGAUGGACCAUCAUCAGGGAGUUAUGGAGCCAAAUCUGCACGUGCAUGUUCAACUCUUAAUCGGUCUCUUUCAGCAGAGCGGGAGCUGCCGGACAGCAGCGCCCACUACGUGGACGACCCUUGGAGAAUAACUGAGGAGCAGCGAGACUACUACGUCAACCAGUUCCGGUCCCUGCAGCCUGACUUACGCUCCUUCAUUUCAGGUUCUGUGGCAAAGAAUUUCUUCACAAAAUCAAAGCUUCCCAUUCCAGAGCUUUCUCACAUCUGGGAACUGAGCGACGUAGACUGCGAUGGAGCACUGACGCUUGCAGAGUUUUGUGCCGCUUUCCACCUCGUCGUUGCUAGGAAGAACGGCUACCAGCUGCCCGAGACGCUGCCGGAGACGCUGCUGCCUGACUACCUGCAAGCAGCUUCUUUGAAGCCUAUGCAUGACUGCGUGCUAUUUGAUUCCUAUUCUGAGUCAUUGCCAGGCAGUCAACAGACUCGGGACUUUAAUCGGACAGAGAAGACAUCAGCUGAAGAGGUAUCUGACAACUCUGCCCUGAUACAAGAUGCAAAGAAAGAUGAUAAACAAGUUCUUAAAACAAGCAUUGCUAUCAAACCAAUACCAAAGGAAUUUCAGCACUUGACUGUGAAAACAGUUGCUCAGGAAUCUAAUGCACUUAAAGCCAGACCAAGAUCCAGGUCUUAUUCCAGCACAUCAAUAGAAGAUGCCAUGAAAAAGGGAGAAGAGCCCCCUACUCCACCUCCAAGGCCACAGAAAUCCCAUUCCAGAGCUUCCUCUUUGGAUCUGAACAAAAUAUUUCAACAAAAUUCACAAGGUGCAAGGUCUGGCUGGCUGCCCCCACCACCACCUGCAUUGCCCCCUCGACCUUCUGUAACUCAGACAGAGCAAGUAUCCGAGGUUGAAUUACAUCCUCAGUUGAAUAGACCCACAUCACAGACAGAAGAAAACAGUUCAACAAAGAAGGAGGUGGUGCUUGCUCAGCCGCCCUCCAAACCCGUCCGCAGGAAGUUCCGGCCUGAGACGCAGGCACUGGAGAACCCCGAGCUUUCUCCCACCAUAAAUGUGACCUCUUCCUUGCCAGCAGUUAAGCCUCACCUCCCAGUCCAAAAACAGUCUUCCAAGCAGAAAAGGGCUAUUCAGACUGCCAUACGAAAAAACAAAGAAGCCAAUGCUGUGCUAGCCAGGUUGAACAGUGAGCUCCAGCAGCAGCUGAAGGAAGUUCAUAAGGAACGAAUUGCCUUGGAAACACAGUUGGAGCAGCUACGUCCUGUAACAGUCUUGUGACCUUUGGCAAGUUAUUCAGCGGCAGUAAGAGAAUGCUUGUGCCAAGAGUUUUGCAACGAUAAGAGCACAGCACAACUGCGUAAAGCUUUCAUCGAGGUGACGGCACUGGGGAAGAACAGGUUGUCAGGUCUCUUUUGUGACCUACUGUGCAUGUUGGCCUUGGCAGAUGAAGAAGAUACAGAAAAUAAAUAUCAAACUGUAGGAUAUUUCUGAGUGGGGGAUGGUUUACCUUCUUCCCACCCUCUUCCCAGUCUAACAUGUAAAUGUGGACCACUGAAAGGAAAUAGCCUAAGAGUAUUUUAUUUAUGUAAAGAAUUCCUGAUUUAUAUGCAUCCUUGGAGCACCUCUUGCCACAAUUAUUAAGAGGUACAAUUCCAGAAUUCUUGUUUAAAACUCACUCUCUGAGGUGAGUUCCUGGAUGUUACUUAUUCCUGUAGGAGUAUAUCAUGGCAGAGUAUCUGUGGGUUUAAAGUAAAACAAAGAAUAAAACUUACUGGACAUGCAGAGUCUUUAUCCACAAUCACAUGUCAGAUAAUUAUUUUCUUAAUACUGUUUAUUAUUCAAUCACGGAUGUAUUUUAAUGU